GCUCGCGCGUGCCCGUGGCGUGCCUCUCUACCAGCUCCCCCUCCCUCCCCGGUCACCUUCUGAUGAGGUCUCUUCUCUCCGCCUCUUCACAGCUAAUGCUGGGGGUUUUGUGUCAGUUUCAAGCCGGAGAGGAAGAGAGUUUAGACCAAAGGGGGAGAAAUAACAAGAAGCACAGUAACAACAAACAAAAGGAAACAACGGCGCAGCACAUAGGCGGGCACAGGCAGGCGCGCACGGAGGCGAGGAGAGGAGACCGCGGGGCAGCGCAGUUCAGAAACCCAUGGGAGGGUGUGUGGGAAGUCACCAUGAUUCCUCGGGCAGUUUAAACGAAAAUUCAGACGGGACUGGAGUUGCUUUGGGUAGAAAUCAGCCCCUGAAAAAGGAUAAACCAAAAUGGAAAAGUGAUUAUCCUAUGACUGAUGGACAGCUGCGCAGCAAACGAGAUGAAUUCUGGGACACUGCACCUGCCUUUGAGGGGCGCAAAGAGAUUUGGGAUGCUCUUAAGGCUGCUGCUAAUGCUUUUGAAAGCAAUGACCACGAACUGGCACAGGCUAUUAUUGAUGGUGCAAAUAUUACUUUACCACAUGGUGCCCUUACGGAAUGCUAUGAUGAACUUGGAAACCGUUACCAGCUUCCCGUUUACUGUCUGGCCCCUCCAAUCAACAUGAUUGAGGAGAGGAGUGACCUGGAAAUAAUGGACAUUCCAGACCCUCCACCUAAUUCUGGCUAUGAAUGUCAACUACGCCUUCGGCUUUCCACAGGCAAGGACUUGAGAUUGACAGUUCGUAGCACAGACACUGUCCACCACAUGAAACGUAGGCUUCACUCAGAGGAAGGGGUGGAGGCAAGCAGUCAACGGUGGUUCUUUUCUGGACGACCACUGACAGAUAAAAUGAAACUGGAGGACCUAAAAAUCCCUAAAGACUACUUAGUGCAGGUCAUAGUCAGUCAACCUCUACAAAACCCAACACCUGUGGAAAACUGAAAAGCUUCAUCUUUUCUUAAGAGCCUUUUUUGUCUGUUUUCCUAAUGUGUUUAUUUUUUUAUAAAUUGAAUUUUUGUCCAUCUGUGAUGGAGUAAUAACGCAGAUGGUGUCAACCCACGUUGUUAAAAAGCAGAAGCAAGAAAACUAAAUAUUUCUUGGUACUCUACAUAUAAUUAUUGAAAAUGAUUUUAAUAAUGUAAUGGGAACUCUUGCUAAUUUUCAACAGAGGUGGCACCUUUUUUCCUUUCUUUUUUGAUCAACCAAAAACAGAUAAGUCAAAAGUAGUUUAUCUAUGUUGGAAUCUGCUUUCAUAUUUUCUGUAGAGAUUCUACAUUCUUAGAAUUUUUUAAUCAUUGGCAUACUCUAGGAAAAGGGCAAAAUAAUUCUGCAUAUGUUUAUAUGCAGUAUCAGACGUAAAUACAUAAUGCAGUUGUUUUAAUAUAAUCUACACUGAAGUGAGUGGUUCUACAGUUAUGUCCCUUAGAAGCAUAUGUGAAUGUUUAUAAAUAUAUGCUACAAAUGCAUAAACAAAUAUUAUAUAUAAACACAUACUGUAUUCUGUGCCAUGCCAGAGUAUAGGCUGGGUAGCCAGUUUUAUUUUCACAAAAUACAAAAUAAUGAUAUUCAUAUUCAUGGCCUUUUGUAUUAUGCUAGGCCUGUAUUGAGCAGAAUAUGCACUCAUAAUUGGCUAAUCUAGAAUUUAAAAAAUGAAUACAUUUCUGGUUUAGCUAAUUCUUAAGUAUAUACUAAAAUUUUUUUUUUUCCUUCUUCUUUUUUUUUUUUUUUGUGACCCGAACACUCCACCUAAUUCUGGCUGUGUUCCAGCAGUGUUAAAUGGGUGGAUUUAUAAUCUUGCAGUAAACUACACAUUAUAUCGAGGCCAUAAAAAUUAUUUUACCAAACAAAUUUUCACUAUACCCAAGGGAUUUUUUUGCCAUUUUUUAUUAUUGCAGGCUAGCUGAAUAAAACAUCUGUCACCAUCUUGAAAUAAAGUAAAAGGAUAUAUUGUUACCCAGAGCAUCCCAGAUCUUUUUUAGAAUGCUCUCUUGACCAUAUUUAGUAAUAUCAAGGUACGAUGCUUCCAAAAUCAUGACAUUAAAACAAUAAGGAAGAGAGGAUAAUGAAAAUAAACUUGCUUUCACUAAUGUAAUUAACUGCAUCAAACAAGAUUAAAAGUAUGUGUUUUGCAAACAGUAUGAAAGACUAUGCUUGAGACAAAAAAUGUAAAUUCUUAUUUGGCAUGUGAAACUGUGUAUAUAUAUCUCUGUUCAUUAUUCUAACAGAGACUUAACAUCAUCACCCAAUGAGGUCAGUCAGAGUAACCUUUAUGUGAUGCACAUAAUCACUCAGUUAAAAUACAUAAAAACUGAGUGCACAGAGUAAAGAGUUUGCCUGAGCUAACAAGAAAAUAUGCAUUGUAUUCAUGGCUGGAACAGAUUUUUAUGCUGAAUGUUAUCCUCUCUUCUUCCUAAAGUUAAAUUCCCAUAUUUUCUAUAGCACCAAGACAUAGCACCCUUUGACAGUAAACAUGACUAGUAAAGCUAAAUAAAAUAAAUACAAGCACACAAACAGCAAAAAUGUGAAGUUAAAACUUUUGGUCUUUUUGGUGUGGUUUACAAUAACAUGCUGUUUAGAUGAGCAAGUGUGGUUGAAGUAUAUGUAUGUAUGUGUGUGUUUGUGUGUGUGUGUGUGCAGUAGAUCCUUAAUUGUUCAUUUUUCAAUUUUUGUGCCCCUUUAACAUGCAAAUGAGAACAUCAUAAUUUUCUCCACUCACACGAGAUUGUUGUAUUCACCAAUAAUGAUUUGAUAGGCUUUAGUUUAAUUUGUGAUGUAAAAAAUGAAAAAGUAAGACAAGUUUAAAAGUCUGUUUUAGCAAUUCAUACCAGCACCAGUUUAGAAAUAAUGUGAGUACGGCAACAUUAGUAGCUCUUACAAUGUACUUUGUCACCUGUAUUUGCAAGUGAAGAUAGACAGCAGUAAACUGCCUGUUGUGCAUGACUGAUGGUACAACUGAAAAAUACAGAUCAACUUGUCAGUGAGUUAAUAAAAUGGAAUUUAUAGGAGGCAAUAACCCCUUGAUCUCUUGCAGCAGGAAGUCUAGAUCUGCUUUUAUGUCACAGCUGAUUGUGAUUUCAGGAUUUAUCUGUGAUGGACUGCUGCCACUAAGCAAUGUGAACUUCACAUAUUUUACAAAAUGUAUUUUUAAGCAACAUUUAUUUACUAAGCAUUCAUAUCUUUUACCAUGUCUGUGGUUUUGCUCUCACAUAGCUGAAAGUUGCUAAACCCAGUAGCAACUACAACUAUGAUUAUAUUAUCCAGCAGUAGUGUCUGCAGAUUGCAGAAGUUUUGCUUUGCAAACUUCAGCACAGUAGUUUGGUGAGGGCUGUGGUGCACACAGUACUUGGUUGGGCAUUGCCUCUCUGUGGUCACCAGCUGAAACUCAUUAUGCCAGAACUUCAUGCAGCAAUCUGAAUACACUGAGGAUGUUUAAAAGAGAGAGAAAGCAAAACUUUAUUUUUGUUUGUGGCUGUUUACAUUGAGCAACAAAUAGAAAAGAAAAAAACAACCCUGACAUUUUAAAAAUUCCUUCUACUUACAACUUGAAAUGAACUACUGUAUUUGUAUUAGGUAUUAUUUUGUAUGUAACAUGUUAUGUUAAUUGGGUUCUACUCUGUGUUGUGUGUGCUUGCGUGUGUGUUUGUUUUUGUGUUACAGAAGUGUGUACAUACAAAUACAAUACUUAAAAUUCCCAAAUUUUUUCUGUGUCACUCAGUUCAGAGUAUUGGUGCAUAAUUAAUAGUCAUAUGCACUUAAAGCAAUUCAGAAGGACAAAAUGCAUAAUUGGAUGUGUGUGAGAAAGUCAUUUGAUUCUUUAUUACCUUUUGCAGAUUAUUUACUAUAGUUGCAGUCAUUUGCGUCAUGUCUUAAGUGUAUCUUCUUUUGUUUCUGCUUCAGAGCAAAUUUUUAAAUGCUUGGAUACAGGAUACAUGUUUCAUUUUAAAUAAUAUGUAUUGUUGAUUUAAUUGACAUCCAUACACACAAAGGUCAAAUAAUUACAAUUUACCUUCCUUACUGUCUUAAUGUAAUCUUAUUUAACAUAAAAGCUUUUUAAGUACAAAUGAUUUUUUUUGUUUAACCAUUUUUAUUUCAAUGUUUUGGUUUUUUUGUGCAUGAAUUACACAAAUAUUUCAUUAGGCAAAGUGAACAAUUCAGUUGCUACUUUUGUUUAUUUAUUUUAUGGUAUAUGUACAUGUAUAAAUAUAGGCAUCAAGUUUUUAGAAAAUCUCAGAAAGGACUUCUAAUUAGAUAGCUAAAAUAUGAGCAUAGCCAAGCAUUUUUCUUUGGAUUUACUUUAGCAUUGCAUUUGUUUAAGCUCUACUGUGUCACUUUUUUAAAAUGGUCUGAUUUAGUCAUGGGCAUGAAUGUUUCAAAAAACAAUGCAGAAAUGUGAAAAACAUACUCACAGUCCAAACUGUGCCUUCAGCAUUUUCAAUUUUUAUAAAAUGUAAUGAUGGUGUUUUAGGCUAAAAUGCUAUUUACAUUUUUCCCUUAAGGCAAAGUAAGCUUUGCUAAAUUAACAUAUAGGUACUGUAACAGGGGACUUAUGGUAAAAAAGUUUUAAAAAUGUUGUGCAUGAAUGUAAAACUGUGCCUAUAUAAUACCAUAUUUUUGAUGGGGGGAAAAGCAAAUUCAGUCCUCUAGAUGUACAUUUUUGUAAUUUGAACAGUAUAAAUACUAAGCCUAGUAUGGUUUGUACUUUUUCCUUGUAAUUAAUGCCCAUAACUAACCCAGCCUGGUGAAAUCACAAAAUUUCUCUGUAAUGAUUACUGCUAUUACAGUAAUUGUUACUUUUGAAGGUGUGUUUUUGUUUUUAAAGAAAAUGUUCUUUAACUUGGAAAGUGCUAGAAGAAAAAAUGAUUGCUAAAUGUGCAAUUUAGGCCUUUGCCUUCAUGACCUUCAGACAGACUUUCCCAUACCAAAAAUGUGCCUUUACAGUAGGUUAACAUUUUAAAGGAUGUUUUCCAUUAUUUAACAGGCCUCAGUUUUAAAAGGCUUAUAAUGGGAAAGAAGGCUAAUGGUAGCUUUGAUUUUAUAUUCUUAUUUUAAUUUAUUUUUAACAAAAAUAAAGCAAUUAUGUUGAUUGUGAAGCCUGAGGUGUUCUUAAAAUAUUAUGAAAUUUAUGUAAACUAAUUUUAGUAUGGUAUUCGCUGUUAAUGUGCUUCUGCUUUUCUAUUAUCUGUUUAAAUUAUAUGCUUUUUAUUUCUGCUGCAUCUGCUAAUGCAAUAAGAUUGAACAUAGUAACACUUUUGCUAAACAUUUAUUUUCUUUCUGUUCAAGAUAAAAUAUUUGCACAUGUUUGUUUAAUUUAUGAUCCAGAAAAAUUUUAAUACUGUAGUAUUAGAUGUGGAAUUUUACACUAGCAAUGAUGCCUCUUGCAAAUCUGAUGCCAUUCCUCUGUUCUGCAGAGAGUGGACAUGAUUGAGUAUUGCCUUUAUUUCCCCACUUAAUUUCAGAAUUGUAAUAAAUCUCAGGAUUAUAACUGGGGAAUAGUUUAGUAGUUGUUGGAGAGUAAGCAUGCCAUCAGGCUUAAUAUUUUAAGAUUAGACUCCAGUUUACUUGAGGGCUUUGAAUCUCUUAACCAUUGAAGAGAGACUCCGGGCAUCUGAAAUGAUAAACCUGUCUGUUUCUCUUAAUUCAUGUUGUUUAACAAUCAGAGUUCAUAAAGUCAUUUUUAAAUUAAUAUGUCAUUUUUUAAGCAUUAAAAUAUUUACUAUUUCCAAGAUGUUACAGUUUGAUGUAACACUUAUUAUUUACAGAUAUAUUUCGCAGUCUGAAAGUAAUUAACAUUCAUAAACUGUAGGUUUCUGGGAUAAUUUCUGCUUUUUAUUCAUUAUGAUUAAAAUAGUUUCUCAACUAGACAGUUUUUUUUUACUUUUAUUGUUUCUGUAAUAUUAUUAUGACAGAUAUAUUUCAUGUCAUUAUUAUUAUUUGAAAUUACAAAAAAUCUGGGGACCUUCCCAAAUGAAUAGGUAAACUAACAAAGUUGAAAUGGAUUCUGUAGACUCUGUAGUUCCAAAGGACUGAGACCAUGGCUCCAUAGAUCUAGCAGGGUUGUAAAAUGUUGCAAGAAAAAGUGUUAAAAACAAACAGACCAACAAAUCACAUUUUUUUGAUAAUGUUUUCUAUGAAUAAAUGCCUCUAAAUCAUAUAUGGCAUUAUGAGCUGGGAUAUUCUAUCUGCACUAAACUGAACACAUAUUAUUACAGCAGGAAAGGUUGUAUCUAUUUAGAAAUGUAUUUGUUUCAAUUAUAAAAAUUUGCUAAUAAAUAUAACUAAUUGAACGAUUUAAAUAAUGUAUGCAUGUUUAGUCAUAUUUAUAAUCAAUUUUCAUAUAUAGUUUUCAUUCUCUUUUUUGUUUAAAUUCACAAACAGUUUACAUUUCUGAUAUUUGGACCAUAGUUGAUUUGUAUUUUUCAUUAAAGAGAAGGAGAUUUUAAGCAACAGUUAAUAAACUAAUUACACAAGCAAUAUUGAAACAAAGAAACUCCUUUGAAGGAAUGAAUUUCCAGUAACCAAUAAAGUAUUAUAAUAGUUCUGGAGGUUAAGCAAAAAAUUAAAGUUAGAGAAGAAUAUCUUCAUAGAAAUGUACACAGUUAAGUGACUCAAUGGCAGACAGCACUUAUUAAUGUAAUGCUAAAGUCUCUUAAGUUCUUAGUUGGCAUUCAUGCUGACAGGAAUUUAACAAGGCUUUUCAGUGUUUUUUCCAGAAUUUUACUCUAAAUUGUGCCCUUAUUGUAAAAUGUUAAAGUUUCAUUCAGGCAUAUAGUUUUAGUAAGCUAUGUUAAUUGUAUACUUGGUAUUUCAUAGUCUCGGGGCAUUAGGAUUUCAGAGGAUUUUUCAGAUUUUCACUAUAACCAGUGCCACAAGGUGAAUAAAUUUUCUGACUUCAACUGAAUUCAGAUUACUCUUAACAUUACAUCUCUGGCAGUGAAUGGAAAUGCUAAAAGGCAAAUAUUUGUACCUUAUUAAUUUAAUUUUGUGUAGAAUAUUUAUCUAAUUGUUCAAUCUAUGCAGUCAUAAAUGUAAUCAACUUGUAGCUGGUUCCACAAUUUUAAAGAAUUUAAACAAACACAGUGAUCAAGACUCCAUACAAAUGUUUUUUUUUUUUUUAAAUCCCCAUCUUAUAUUGUAGCCUUCUGGAAAAUUAGAGGAGUAGCCAGCAGUGCUCCUGUAUCGUUCCUUUCUUACCUGUAUUGUCCCUUUUAACCAUAAUUUCAGAUAUGCUUGUAAUUGUGAGUAUCAUUAUAUGAUUGGGAGCUUUACACAAAAUAACUCGUGCCUCUGCCAGGGCCAGCUGCUUCUCGUUCCUUUGCUAUUGGUACUUGAGUACACAAAAAAAUAAUGAAAAAAUAUAAAAUAUACAGGUUUGACUAUGAGUGCUCUUCUUGGAGUGAAGGACUUCAUUUGAAUCAAUACAUUUAGUCACUUUUGUGUAAUUAAGCAGAGAGUGAAGUAUAACAUUGAAAUUAGCCACUGAAGUCCUCCUUCUUAAUCAGUGACAUAGCAUACCUAUCAUAAUUUUGAUAGACUACUUUAAAAUAUUAUGGAAAAGAAGGCUGAGCCUAUAGUCCCAUCUUCAUUAAUAUUUUCAUACAAACCUGAGCCUGUUUAUUUCACCUUUUUAGCUAUUCAGAAUUGUCACAAAAGUUUUGUUUCUAACCUGUAGCACCUGCAGGGUAUGUCACAGUUAUGCAUGCAUUGACUUUCUCUCUUCCAUGACCAGGUCUACAAUACAUCUUUCCCCAUAGCAUAGUGAAAGAUGUAAACUAACCUGGAGCUCUUAUGUUUGUCACUCAUUGAGCUGGAGAUUGCAACAAAGUAAGUGCAAAAGUGUAUUGGUGUGUGAGCUUAAAAACAAAAAUUGGCAACGCACCAAUCUUUGCAUUUGCAUACUGUGAACAAGACAAUGCCAGUUUAAAUAAUGUUAUAUCUGUUGUUAACUGAGAAAUGUACUCAGAUAUAUAUGGAUAUUUAUAUUUUCACAACCCUCACCAACUAUACAUUUUUAACAUCCUUUACCUCUUCUCCACAUCAAACAUCCAAACAUUGUGGUGUUAUUUAAUUUUAUAUUUAAGUAAUAACAAAUGUCAAGCACAACUAAAAUGAUAUUAAAAAAAUUAUAAAGCACAAAUGUCAGGAAAGGUAAAAAGGAAUAAAAAUUUGAAAAAGAGUGCAAAUCAUUAAAUACUACUAAUAAUAAAGAGUUUUUAAUCUUCGGGUAAUUGAACUAUUGUACAUAAGCACAAUAUUGUGCACUCUGUAGACUGGCAUGAAAAAUAUACCAGAAUCAUUUCACAGUUCAAUGUUUGUCUUUUUGGUUUUUUUUUAAAUGAAAACCUGUUGGUGUGUCUUCAUUUUUUCAAGCUGUGAAAGUGGUGCUUGACUUAUAAAAAAAAUCUUUUUGGACAAAGAUUUGACUUCCAAGAUGUGAACUCAAAAGUAAAACAGAUGAUAGAAUUCCACCAUGAUGGUCCAUGGUUUAUUUUUGAAAUUGUAAGGUUUGGGGAUACAGUUUUACUUUAGAGUGUGAUGACUCUCAAUUGUAUGUUUUUAUAUUUCAUUUUUAAAUUUUUAAUUUUUUUAUUAUUUUUUUUAUUUAUAACUUUUAGUGUGCCUAUUAUAUAUUACAUCAUCUUUGUACAACAUCAGUCCCACUCUGUUCUGGUCAAGGGCAGAACUUUAUUGCCAUUUUCAAAGCUUGCUGUUUUUCUUCUUUUUUUUUAAUUCCCAGUGGGUGCACAUCCGCUUUGAUUGUGACAUGACAUCUAUUAAUUAACUCUGUGUUUGUAUGAGAAGGUUAGAACGACAUUUAAGGCAUAGAUGAAUAAAAAAGAGAAAAAAGUGGCCUCUUGACUACUACAAUGUUCCUUCUACAAUACAUGUCUUUAUUUUCCAACAGCUUUAUCAUUUUGUAAAAGUCUUUAUUGGGACAUUUUUACUAAGUCUACAUGAAACUUGAUACACUUUUUCAGUCUUUGUAUACCCAGCUCUGUUUAAAACUUUGUUAUAUCUGCUCAUUGUAAUAAUUAAAGAACAUUUGAAAAUCGUUAACAUUUAGAUACUUCUGAAAAAGCAAAUAAACCAAAUAAUUGCACUGAAAACAACA